GGUCCGCCCCUGACUAAGCUCCAACAGCCGAGGGCUGGCAGCUUUGACAGCCUCAACUUUCCAUACGAAGAACUUCUCCUCCACAGCUAUUCAUUAUUGCCUCAAUCCUGCUACACACUAUUGGAUUCUAUUAUUUGCCUACCAUUUAGAUGCAUUGGGGUCCCUGUCUGCGAGUUGUCCCGUAAUAACCCCCUGGCUUAUUCUCUGUUUUUGGAUGUGCUAAGCUCUAUAACAUAACUAUAUGGCUCUCUUGUCAACUCUUCCCCGCCGCAAUUGUUCUCUCAGUCUGACACGGAAAUUUGCCCAUGACUAAAGGAAAAGCAGACCAGCCCGAUGCGGGCUUAAAAGGCUUGGACCAUUAUCAACAGAAACUCCCCAAAUGGCGGUACAAGCUACGUACAGCCCUUCUCCCCCUGGUGCGGUGGGAAACGCCCUAUCUCGCUUGGUUCCAGGCACGAAUGCGCACCCCUUCCCUUGAUUCUUGGUUUGCGAUCACCGCCAAUUUGGGUACCCAUACCUUCUACAUGGUAAUGCUACCUAUCCUAUUCUGGUGCGGCUAUACAGAGGUUGGUCGAGGAUUAGUACACCUCUUAGCGUCGGGCGUCUUCAUCAGCGGCUGGUUUAAGGACAUGUUAUGUCUUCCUCGACCCUUGUCCCCACCCCUCCAUCGCAUUACCAUGUCUGGCUCUGCGGCGUUAGAAUACGGAUUCCCCUCUACUCACUCGACCAACGCAAUCUCCGUCGUCGUUUACGCGCUUCAUCUUUUAAACUCGCCUGAUUCUACUGCCAGUCCGGUCACGAAUACUAUCUUCCGCAUUGUCCUAUACAUAUUUGGCACAUCCAUUGUAAUUGGGAGGCUAUACUGCGGGAUGCAUGGGUUCUUUGAUGUUAUCAUCGGCAGCUUCCUUGGCGCUUUGUUGGGCUUCUUACGAUGUUCAUAUGGUGAGACGUAUGAUGAAAUUAUCUAUUCAGGCUCGAUUAAUACGGUGUUUGCGGUGGUUGUGGUUGUUCUUGCAUUGGUUCGAAUGCACCCCGAACCCGCCGAUUCGUGUCCAUGCUUCGAUGAUAGUGUUGCUUUCGCUGGAGUGUUGAUGGGCGCGGAAUUUGGGAACUGGCAUUUUGCCCAGACCACGUUUGCUUGGGGUGACCCUUACCCAGGGACUGUCCCUUAUGAUUUGGCAAAGGUUGGCUGGAUCAAGACUAUCCUGCGGAUUAUUCUUGGGGUCGUGAUUGUCUUCUUGUGGAGGGAAAUAAUGAAACCGUCCCUCCAUAGGAUACUGCCCCCGAUAUUCCGUGUCAUAGAACGACUGGGCCUUAAUCUUCCCAGAAGAUUCUUCACGCUUGCAUCCGAAUACGAACAAGUCCCCGGCCACCUAAAAGACGACGACAUAAUCCCCAACGUCUCCGAAAUCCCCUCCAUCCUCACCUCAAUCCGCCACCCGCGCCGACGGGCAAUCUCCAUAGGCCCGCAAUCUGAAGCAGACGCCUACGAAACACUCGCUUAUCGGGAGAAGCGACGACGGGAAAGUACCUCCUCCAACCAAUCGCGCAGCGUCAGCGCCGGACGCAGACUUCCACCCACCAUUGAGGACAAACAAAACAUGCGUGACACGUCGUCCGCCUCUUCCCCAGCUGCUGGUGGUUCCCAGAGAUUCGGAGGCGGGGAAAACAACCCGGUGGUACGGAGCCCGCGCAAACUUGAUGAGUACGAGCAUAUGAUGGGGACGGGGACACCUGUGUUUAGCGCGGAGAGCACACCGAAUAUGGAUGGUGCUGGCGGUGCUGACGGUGCUAGCGGUGCUAGCGGCACUGGCGCGAACGCGGAUGUGAAUGUGAAUGUGGCUGCGGAUGCGCUUGAGUAUCAGCUUGGAGCUGAGGAGGAGAAGGAGAUGUUUUCGAAGAUCACGCCGCCGCGGGUACGGUACGAUGUGGAGGUUGUGACGAAGUUAGUUGUGUAUUUUGGAAUCGGCUGGUUGUCUGUUGAGGUUAACCCGAUUAUAUUUCAGCUCAUUGGAUUAGGGCCGUAGAGUUUUUUUUUUUUUUUUUUUUUUUCAUAUUCCAUAGUGGUUGGCUCUCUCCCUCUCUGUGGCAUACACAUUCUCACACACACACACACACACACAUAUAUAUAUAUAUAUAUAGAAACACUCAUAUCAGCAGGGCUGAUGCGACUAGAGCUGGGGUGGGGUAUAUAUCUUUAUUGUACAGUAUGUUAUUGUUGAUGAGUUGAUGAGCAUGUGUUUACAGUAGUUUUAUUCAGAAUUGUUUUUUUUUUCUUCUUGGAAAGGUUUUUUUAUAGGUAUUUUUGGUAUUCUUUAGGCUUCUUGAUUUCUCCCUUGCUCAAAUAUAUAUAUAUAUAUUCAUUGUUCAGCAACCUUCCUAGCGCCGGGACGCAUAUACACGCAAAUAGAUGCAUUGGAAGCAAGAAAGACAAGUGAAAAAAAAAUAGAACAACAUAAUUUAUUGCUAUGUUUGUUUUCUUUCAUUUCUUCUUUGCAGUUCAG